GCUUUAUGGCCUCGAUAAAUGGAUGUAGCCGGUCAUUGCAAUUAAGAAGCCGUCAAUUGUCGCGAUCGGGCAAUCCCUCUUCGACUCGGGCCAAACCCUAACGAUAUCUCAGCCAUGUCGUCCAAGCAAGGAGGGAAAGCAAAGCCUCUGAAGCAACCCAAGGUUGAUAAGAAAGACUACGACGAGGUUGAUCUGGCCAAUAUUCAAAAGAAGAAGGACGAGGAAAAGGCGCUCAAGGAGCUUAGAGCAAAGGCCCAACAGAAGGGAACCUUUGGAGGUGCUGGGCUCAAGAAGAGUGGGAAGAAAUGAGGCUUCCCAAGCAAAUACAUGGAGGUAGAUUACUUGACGACCUGAAUUUGCAGACAUUUAAUGGCUUUUGAAUAAGUUGAUUGUCUUUGUGUUCCCUGUAAAACCCUUGAAAGAAAGGAUAAUAUGCCGUGGAAUGAUUAUAGAAGUUGAAUGCUUUUCUAUAUUCUGAACUUCCUUUGGCUUC